ACUGGUGGCGCGAAGGCUAGGCUGGGCUGCGGGGGGGGGGUGGGGAUCGAUGCAGCUCCGGCGGCGCUGGGAAAGUGCCGGCCAGCUCGCUCGCUUUCUCCUCUCCUGACCUUCCGGGGGCGGUGAUCGGUUGGCAAGGGCAAGGCAAGGAGGGCUGGCUUGCUUGCCUGCCGGCGGUGGCGAGGAAGAGGAGGAGGAAGAGACGAGCAAGUGAGCCCCCGCGAAGGCGGCGAGCAGAAGCCCCAACAACUCGCCCGCCAGCCGCCGCCGCCGCCGCCGCGCCUUCGCCCUCUCUCCCCGCCAGGCGGCAUGAGCACCUGCGACGCCAAGGAGUACCUGGCCAAAAGGGAGAUCCCGCAGCUUUUCGAGAGUUUACUGAAUGGAUUGAUGUGCUACAAACCUGAUGAUCCAGUUGAAUAUCUGGAAGGCUGUUUACAAAAAGUGAAGGAACUGGGAGGAGCAGAAAAAGUAAAAUGGGAUACAUUUGUGAGUCCGGAAAAAAGGACACUACCUCCACUUAAUGGCAGCCAAUCACGAAGAGCAUUUUUCAGGAAUGUAAUGCCAGACAAUCCCAACUUUCCCUAUCGGCGAUAUGAACGACUCCCUCCGAUCCAGCAGUUCUCCAUAGAAAGUGACACAGAUCUCUCAGAAACAGCUGAACUUAUUGAGGAAUAUGAUGUAUUUGAUCCUGCAAGACCAAGACCUAAAAUCAUCCUUGUCAUAGGUGGUCCAGGAAGUGGAAAGGGAACUCAGAGCUUGAAAAUAGCUGACCGCUAUGGAUUUGAGUACAUCUCUGUUGGCGAACUGUUAAGAAAGAAAAUCCACAACACAAGCAGUAAUCGAAAGUGGAGCUUGAUUGCAAAGAUAAUUACUACUGGAGAAUUAGCUCCUCAGGAAACAACCAUUACUGAGAUAAAGCAAAGAUUAAUGCAGAUUCCUGAUGAAGAAGGCAUUGUUAUUGAUGGAUUUCCACGAGAUGUUGCCCAGGCUCUUUCCUUUGAGGACCAAAUCUGCACUCCAGAUUUGGUGGUGUUUUUGUCCUGCUCAAACCAGCGGCUGAAAGAACGGCUAAUGAAGCGGGCUGAGCAGCAAGGAAGGCCAGAUGAUAAUCUCAAAGCUACCCAAAGACGGCUUACAAAUUUUAAGCAGAAUGCUGUUCCUCUGGUCAAAUAUUUCCAGGAAAAAGGGCUGAUCAUGACUUUUGAUGCGGACAGAGAUGAGGAAGAAGUAUUCAAAGACAUAUCCACAGCAGUUGACAGCAAGCUCUUUCCUCCUCAAGAACCUGUGGCAGGACCAUGUGAACUUGACCUUAAUCUCAUAGGGGACCCUGAAGAUGUUGCUGAUAAUCCAUUUGACUUUGAAGACCAGGCAUAUGACCAGUCAUGUCUUUGUGGACCUGUGAAUGCAGAAGAUUUUUCAGAGGACCUCAAGAAAUCACACAUAUUUUUCAUAGUUGGUGGCCCAGGGUCUGGGAAAGGAACCCUGUGUGAGAAAUUAGCACAGAAAUAUGGAUUCCAACACCUGUCUGCUGAAGAGCUCAUGCGACGUGAGAUGCCAUCAUUAAUGGAAAGGAGCAAGACCAUUCGAGAUACCAUCGAGAGUGGCGAGCUUGUACCAGAGGAUGUUGUUGUGGAGCUCCUGAAAGAAGCUAUGUUUGCCAGUGCAGGAGAUACCAAGGGGUUCCUGAUGGAUGGCUUCCCUCAGGAGUUGAAGCAAGGAGAAGAAUUUGAGAGCCAGAUUGGGGAGCCCUCCCUGGUGCUCUGUCUGGACUGCUCUUCUGCAACGAUGAGCAGUCGCCUUCUGGAAGGAAGUCAAAGCAGCCAGGGUCUUGACAACAGUGCUGAAGCCAUCACGAAGCGCAUUGAAGAUUACUACCAAGCUAAUGAGCCGGUGGUCGCAUAUUACAAAAACAGAAUUCCUCUAUUUAAGGUAAAUGCAGAAGGAACUCCAGAAGAAGUUUUCCUUGAAACAUGUGCUGUUAUUGAUGUUUUUCUGAAAAAGGAAGGCACAGGAUCUCCUCUUUUAGCACACACAGUAUAACUGCCGUGCUUGCUCACUCUCACAUGUACACUCAGCGGGCCUCAAAAUGCUGUUCGGAGCAAUAGCUGCUGUCUUGAAAGAAUAGUGCAUGUUAUAAACAUUGAAAAAAAUUCUACAACCUGUAUGGUACAGUAUGACACACUUGUACUAUAUGUAGUCUAUCAAAACGUUUGCACUUUGCAGGUUAAAAAA